CGUCGAUACGUAUAGAUGUCACAAAUUGGCGACGAGGAUAAAGUCAAGCCUGUUUUAAACAAGCCCGUAGUAAAAGUCGAAGUGUUAAAAAUGAAUACUAUGGGAAACAUUGAGCCCUACGUCUUGGGAGAAUGUUUUAAGGAGUACACUAGUCGGCUUGAAAUGUUUUUCUUGGUCAACGAUGUGUCCGAAGAGAAGAAAGUGCCGAUCAUGGUGACAAUGGCGGGAGCGUCAUUGUAUUCAGCCGCAGUAAAGAUUUGUUCACCGGAUGAUCCACGAGAAAAGUCGUAUAAGGAUUUAGUGAAUGCCUUAAGUGAAUAUUUCACACCAGUGGAGAAUAUCGUGUCGGAGCGCUACCAGUUUCGCAAGCUGAAACAGUCAUCGGAUCAGUCGAUAAACGACUACAUUAUCAGCCUUAAAGCGAAAGCGCAAUCGUGCGAUUAUGGAUCGUUUUUACCGGAUGCGCUAAGGGAUCAGUUUGUUGCUGGAAUCCGAGACCAUGAGCUACGGACGCGGUUGCUGAGAGAAUCGAGAGUGAAAUUUGCGGAUGCGUGUGAAAUAGCGCGUUCGUGGGAAGGGGCGCAGCAGCAGAACGCAGCGAUGGUGGAGAAGGAGAGGCAUGCGGUAGCGAGCGUGCGUAAAACACCUGUACAGCAGCAGAGCAAGCAGUUGGAACGAGAGUAUGUGUAUCGUCGAAGCAGCCAGGAGCAAAAGACAAGUGCGGAGUGUCAUCGUUGUGGUCGUGCGCACAAUCCUGCAACUUGUCCAGCAAAAGCGUGGAAGUGUUACGUGUGUGGAAAAAUGGGACACGUUUCAUCGAAGUGUCGGUUUGCAAAAAAACAUAUGAGUAACGCUAGUAGAGGUCAGCUACGGAAAGUAGAUUGCGAUAAAGGUCAAAAUCCUCAGAUGGUCCGUCUUGCUUGUAAUAGUAAGCAAUUAGAGUUUGAGAUAGAUUGCGGUGCGUGUGUUAGUGUAAUUUCGGAAGAAACAUAUACUAAAAUGUUCAACGAUGUACAAAUACUACCAACCGAGGAAUCCUUUUUCUCAGCGUCAGGGCAAGCGAUAAAGCCAAUGGGAAAAAUGUGUGUAAAAGUGGAAAUAGCGAGGUGCGCUAAAUUAUUUGAAUUAGAACUAAUAAUAAUUCGAUCGGAAAGAAGUGUUACGCCACUGCUAGGAAGAAAUUGGUUAGAUGUUUUGUUCCCGGAUUGGAGAAAAGCAUUCGAGUUAAAAAGUGUAGAAUCAGAUGUGCUGGCUGAGUUACAGAAAAAAUUUCCGUGUAAUAUUAAUGCGUCAAAUGAGUCAAUUAAGGGAUUUGAGGCAAAUUUAGUAUUGAAAGAGGAUUAUUGUCCAAUUUUUCAUAAAGCCUAUUCCGUUCCCUUCACCUUACAAAGGAAAGUCGAAGAAGAGUUAAACAAAAUGGUCGAAGAAGGUGUGUUAGUGCCAACAAAGUAUUCCGAAUGGGCGAGUCCUGUGGUAAUAGUGGAAAAAGAAAAUGGUUCUGUUAGACUAUGUCUAGAUGGAAAAGCAACGCUGAAUAAGUAUUUGUCGAUGGAACAUUAUCCACUUCCAAAAAUUGAGGAUAUAUUUGCUAAAAUUUCUGAUUGGAAAUUAUUUUGUAAAAUCGAUUUAUCAGGUGCAUAUUUACAAGUCAAAUUGUCCGAGUCUGCGAAACAAAUAUGCACGAUUAAUACAUCCAAAGGAUUGUUCAAUUAUACACGUAUGCCAUUUGGAAUCCAUACAGCCCCAGCGAUCUUUCAAAGUAUAAUAGAUCAAAUAUUAAGAAAUACGAAAGGAUUGGCAUAUAUAGAUGAUAUUAUUGUCGGAGGGAAAAAUGCGGAAGAAUGCAAAACGAAUUUAUAUGAAGUAAUGGAAAAAUUGAACAGUCAUAACGUAAAGAUUAAUGCGAAUAAGUCAGUUUUUUAUGUGUCACGUAUAGAAUAUUUGGGUCACACUAUAACGAGUAAUGGAAUACACCCAAUUGAAUCCAAAGUAGAAGCUAUUGUAAAAGCACCAGUACCGAGUAAUAUAAGUCAACUUCAAGCAUACUUGGGAUUACUGAAUUAUUACCAUAGAUUCCUUCCAAAUGUAUCAACCACAUUAUGCCCUUUAUAUCAAUUGUUGCGAAAAGAGAAAAACAUAUGCCAGUCGCACCUGACACCGAGCGGUACCGUUUUUCUUAUUGGCAUCACCGACGUCUUCCUGGUCGAUGGGUAG